AUGAACGACAUCUACAAGGCAGCGGUUGAGCAACUGACAGAUGAACAGAAAAAUGAGUUCAAGGCCGCCUUUGACAUCUUCGUACAAGAUGCGGAGGAUGGCUGCAUCAGCACCAAGGAGCUGGGGAAGGUGAUGAGGAUGCUGGGUCAGAACCCCACACCAGAAGAGCUGCAGGAGAUGAUUGAUGAGGUGGAUGAAGACGGGAGUGGCACGGUGGACUUUGAUGAGUUCUUAGUCAUGAUGGUGAGGUGCAUGAAGGACGACAGCAAGGGGAAGUCAGAGGAAGAACUGGCAGAGCUGUUUCGCAUGUUCGACAAGAAUGCAGAUGGUUACAUUGACCUGGACGAGCUGAAAAUGAUGCUUGAAUCUACAGGAGAAGCAAUUACUGAGGACGACAUUGAGGAGCUGAUGAAAGAUGGGGACAAGAACAAUGACGGCAAAAUUGACUACGAUGAGUUCUUGGAGUUCAUGAAAGGAGUGGAGUAA